UGUGGCGUGGAAAUGUCUCUGCCAUGGCGUCAUUCACAGCCCCUCAGCUCAUAGUAUUUGCCACUUCUGCGUAAUUUACGCCUUUUGGUUCUCCCGCAUAAUGUUACUGUUUUUAAUGAGCCUGUCAUAUUUUUUCAUGAAUGUUUGGGAGAAAAAUAACUUUCUAGCAAAAGCAGUGGCGCCUUUUUUGGCAAUGUGUUUCUUUCUAUGCGGUUAAUCCACUGAGAGGUUGUGAGCGAAAAUACUGAAAGGGCACUGGGUGACAUUUCUAACGUGUGAGGCACGAAUGAGGUCUUCAGCACGGGGAGUUUCCUUUCAUGUGCGCGAGUUAACCAAUGCCCGGAGCACGUGACACGCCCCCGGUGCGUAGAGCGCGGAGAGAGGAACUUGGGCGCCACUGCAGCUGCCCGUCUCUCCAACGGAGUCGCCAACAGGGGAAGCUUACGAAACAACUUCCAACAAAUCAAUUGUUGCUGUCUCUUCAUUUUAAUCCGCUCGCUGUGAUUUUUUUCCGUAUAGCGUGGGAGUAGCUACAUUCCAUUCUUCGGCUUGGGACCAAUAAUAUUUGGGGGAAAGGAACGGGCGCGGACCGACACACAAAAAAAGAACUGCAGGUUUUUUAUUCCCUCCCCUCGCCUGGACGCAGAACACUGGCUGUACUUGUCAGGGUGGUCCCGACGCUCAGCGAAGCAGCACAGGAGAAGAGCUUGAACACGGGGUGAAAUACCGAUUAGUGGAAAAGCCGUGUGUUAACUGAUGACUGCUGGACGAAAGGAAUGUCAUUGGGUGACUGCGGCGAAGUUCUGCACCUGAACACGAGCACGGAAUUACCUGUUUGCUGAACUUGUUGCUGUAUCGUGCCCAUUCUUUGGUGGUAAUAAUUUCGGAGACUUUUUUGUUACUAGUACUUGGCAGGACACCGUGGUUUUGCAAACAGGAUUGUAACAUUUUAGAGAUACCCUUUAAAGCUUUUUUUUUUCAGAGUACACCGACAUUUACGCAGAGAUGCCUCUACGCGGGGCUGCACGCCUGUGAUCAGCAAACCGAGCUUCGUGUCUGCUUCAGCCGGACGGGGUUGCAGAUCGGUCAGAAUGGCAGCGGGAGUCGCAGCUUGGCUACCCUUCGCCCGAGCAGCAGCAAUAGGAUGGAUGCCGGUGGCGAGUGCGCCGAUGCCGGCGCCACCACGGGACAAGAAGCGGACGCAGGACGGGCUCAUCAUCCUCAACGUCAGCGGCUCAAGGUUUCAAACUUGGCGAAACACUUUGGAGAGAUAUCCGGACACUUUACUUGGAAGCACAGAACGCGACUUCUUUUAUCACGAGGAGACCAAUGAGUACUUUUUUGACCGCGACCCAGACAUCUUUCGGCACAUUUUAAAUUUUUACCGCACUGGUAAAUUACACUACCCACGCCACGAGUGCAUCUCAGCAUAUGAUGAGGAGCUGGCAUUUUUCGGGAUAAUACCGGAGAUUAUUGGGGACUGUUGUUAUGAAGAGUACAAAGAUCGUAGGCGAGAGAAUGCAGAACGCAUCCAGGACGACGAGGAUAGCAACAACAACAACGACAAUGUCCCACUGGAUCUGUCGUUCCGCGAGUCCAUGUGGCGGGCUUUCGAGAACCCACACACAAGCACAAUGGCUCUUGUGUUUUACUAUGUCACAGGGUUCUUCAUAGCCGUUUCCGUACUGGCCAACGUGGUGGAGACGGUGCCGUGCGGGAAGACCCAGAAUCGAGUGGAGGAGUCAUGCGGCGACCGUUACUCCCUGGCCUUCUUUUGCCUGGACACGGCCUGCGUCAUGAUCUUUACUGUGGAGUAUCUGCUCCGGUUGAUGGUGGCGCCCAACAGGUUCAAGUUCGUGAAGAGCGUGAUGAGCGUCAUCGACGUGGUUGCUAUCAUGCCAUAUUAUAUUGGCCUUGUCAUGGCCGAUAACGAGGACGUGAGUGGGGCCUUCGUCACCCUCAGGGUCUUCCGUGUGUUUCGGAUUUUCAAGUUCUCGCGCCACUCCGCGGGCCUGCGUAUCCUGGGCUACACGCUGAAGAGCUGCGCCUCGGAGCUGGGCUUCCUCCUUUUCUCCCUCACCAUGGCCAUCAUCAUCUUCGCCACCGUCAUGUUCUACGCCGAGAAGGGCUCCAGCGCCAGCAAGUUCACCAGCAUCCCUGCCGCCUUCUGGUACACCAUCGUCACUAUGACAACGCUGGGGUACGGAGACAUGGUUCCUAAGACCAUUGUAGGGAAGGUGUUUGGCUCCAUCUGUUCGCUGAGUGGCGUGCUGGUAAUCGCUCUGCCGGUGCCCGUCAUCGUGUCCAACUUCAGCCGCAUCUACCACCAGAGUCAGCGGGCAGACAAACGCCGCGCCCAAAAGAAAACCAAGCUUGCUAGAAUUCAUGCGAAGAAGAGUGGCGGUUGUAGCGCUUAUUCCCAGUACAAACGCAACGGGCUGCUGGCUGAUGCUGACGAGGAGGCUUCCAAGGAGGCGGGUCAGGCCCUGGUGAGUCAGGCCAACCCCAUCUUCGACACGCACCACCACCACCUGCUGCACUGCCUGGAGAAGACCACGAACCAUGAGUUUGUGGAUGAGCAGACGUACAACACCAGCUGCCUGGAGGUAACCAUGGUGAAGCAAACGUCUCGCUCCUCCUCCAUCUCCUCGGCGACCGGAGGGGGCGGCGGCGGCGGCCUGUCGUCGUGCUGCUCGCGGCGGAACAAGAGGAAGAGCUUCACUGUUGCCAACGCCAACAUGGCCUCCCGCCGCGGCAGCGUGCAGGAGCUCAGCACCAUCCAGAUCAGAGAGAGGCCAGUGUCCAACAGUCGGUCCAGUCUGAAUGCUAAGUUUGGGGAGACGAUGCCCCUGAACUCGUCGGAGCAGCCCUACCUGACAGCGGCGGUCAUCAACCGGCCGAACCAGCCGCUCACCACCCCGCAGGGCAACGACUCGGCCAGCACCCACGACUACCUGCAGAGCAACAUCGUGCGUGUGUCCGCGCUCUAGAGACCUCCACAUCAGGCCACGCCGCGUCGCGUCACGUCACGCAACGUCACGCACCGUCUGCGCUCCAACCAGCUUUUUAAUUGUGGCCCUUCACACGCAGACGCCAGGAGGGGAGUUGAGAUUUAACUAGGAAGUGGAUAAACUUUUAACCACCCCAUCCCAU